CAAAAUGCCGCUGAAAGCCGUGUGCGUUCUUAAUGGCGAAGUGAAGGGAACGAUUUUCUUCGAACAGAGUGUGGAAUCGGACCCGGUCAAAGUGACCGGCUCGGUGACCGGUCUGAAAGAGGGCGAUCAUGGAUUCCACAUUCAUGAGUUCGGCGACAACACCAACGGUUGCAUGUCCACGGGCGCUCACUUCAAUCCGCACGGCAAAACACACGGUGCUCCGGAUGCCGACGAGCGUCAUGCCGGUGAUAUGGGAAAUAUCGUUGCCGAUGCGAGCGGAGAGGCGAAGGUGGAUUUGGUCGUAAGCCAAAUUGCGCUGAGCGGACCAAUGAACGUGGUGGGCCGCUCACUGGUAGUACACGCCGAUCCGGACGAUCUCGGACUGGGAGGACACGAGCUGAGCAAAACGACUGGAAAUGCCGGCGCACGUUUGGCUUGCGGUGUGAUUGGAUUGUGCAAAAUUUAAGCGUCCAU